CGUUUAAUAUUUUCAACUUUUUCAAAAUAGACUUCUUCAAUUGAAAAUGAAGGGGCAUUCCGUCGCUGUGCUGAUCCUGGCCUUUGCCGUUACCUGCUUGGCUGUACCUCGAAACAAGAGACAGGCUUCUGAUGAGCCUCGUAUCAGUAACGAGGUGAUUCCAGGAGCGAUCGAGGUGGUGGAUGAAACGUCGCAGGUAGUUGUUACUAAACCAGUAACCAGCCCAAAACCAGUCGACACCACAAAGCAACCGGAACUCGAUGACGCGCCGACUGCAAAGCCAGGAAAUAAGAAAAAGCCAAACUCUGCUUCGCAUCCUCCUUCGGACACAUUUUCCAGAGUUAUCGACGAUAUAUUCAACAUUCCUAUAUCGGUUCUUCGGGCGGUGAACACGUUGCUCAGCAAUGCUUUUGGAACCAAGCAAGGAACACCAGCAGCACCGGCAGCCGCAGAACCCUCGCCGACAGGGGUUUAAGCAAAUUGGGGAACUUGGGUGUUUAAACAACGGAUAUAUUAUACUUCGAUUGUAAAAAUAUUUCACCCGAUUAUCACGUGGAUCGAUUAUUUUUUAUCGGAAAUUUUAAUUAACCAGAAAUUAAGUUCUGACAAAAAAUGAGAGAGUGAUUGAAUUUCACUUCACGACGAUCGAGCGCGGACGACUCGGUAAUUAGUGUCAUGGUAAAAUAAAAAAAAUUGUUAGACUUGAUUUC